AUGGAGGUGAGAUUGUUCGUUGCUUUUAUAUUUAUUGUGUCUGGAUCUCAAGUCGAUGCUCAAAAUAGUAAUAGAUGUAGAUACAUGACUAAUAUUCCAAGAGAAUCCAAGCCUGAUGACUUACCGGAGCUGGUAACAGAAGGAGAUACGUGGAGCGAGCGACCUUUCCUGCCUGCUGAUGACCGUGAGGAAGUUUGUUUUGAACAAUAUAGAGCAGAUGUUAAUGUACAAGAAAUAUUUAUGGAUGAAGAGAACGUGAAUGAAGUACCCAUAGCAAAACUGAAUUAUCAAGGAGUUGAGACACCCACUAUUGUUCUUCCCCUAACUGCUGGAUCUUUUAAUUUGUUGCGACCAGAAUUGAGAAAAGAAAAUAAUAAUUGGUUUCUUUACGUGACUCAGAGACAGGACUACGAGACGUUAGAAAGUGCUUUAUACAUCCUGAGAAUAAGGAUACAGAAUGAAGCAUUGGAAGGGCAAAUAUCUUUAUGGAUCGUAAACAUUGACGAUAAUCCUCCUAUCAUACACUUGUUGGAUGCUUGCGUGGUGCCGGAACUAGGGGACCCUCGUUUGACGGAUUGUACAUACGAAGUAACAGACAUAGAUGGUAGAAUCAGUACCAGCAACAUGACCUUCAAGAUUGGAAGCGAUCGUGAUGAUGAAGACAUCUUCUAUUUUGUUGGAGAACCCGAUACAAGCAACUGGAACAGAAUGACAACCACUCUUGGUAUAACUAGAGCACUAGAUUUCGAAGCGAGCGCCUUACAUAUAUUUACAGUUACAGCACUCGAUUCUUUAAACAAUAACCACACAGUUACAAUAAUGGUGCAAGUUCAGAACGUCGAACAUCGCAUGCCUCGUUGGGUAGUUAUAUUCGCGGUGCAGCAAAUAGAUGAAUUGGAGGCUGGGGACUUUAAUGUUAGGGCAAUAGAUGGCGACACUGGUAUCAACAAGCCGAUUUUAUACAAAAUAGAAACUGAAAAAGGUGAAGAAAACUUAUUUAACAUAACAAAUAGAGAAGGUGGUUAUAGUGGAGGGAUAUUUCAUAUCAAUCCAAUCGAUAGGGACACAUUAGAAAAGGAACUAUUUCAAGUAACUCUGACGGCGUACAAAUUUGAUAACGAGACAUUCUCUACGUCAACCAACAUAGUAAUACGAGUCAACGAUAUAAAUAAUAAGAUACCAGAACCUCUACACCCUGAAUACAACAUCGCCAUAGCCGAAGAAACACCUCAGACUUUAUAUUUCGACAAGGAAUUUGGAUUUCACGAUAGAGAUUUGGGUCCGAAUGCUCAAUACUCAGUCCACUUAGAGAGUGUGUACCCUGAAGGUGUCGCUGAUGCUUUCUUCAUUCAGCCGGAGACAGGGUAUCAGAGACAAACCUUCAUUAUGGGCACCACAAAUCACAGCAUGCUGGACUUUGAAGUGGAAGAAUUCCAACACAUACAAAUUAAGGUAGUAGCCACUGACUUAGGUAACCCAGAUUUUAUAGGAGUAGCGAUUGUAAACAUCAAUUUGACUAACUGGAACGACGAGUUACCUAUUUUUAGUGAAGGGAAUCAGGUUGUGUCGUUCAAUGAGACAGAGGGAGAAGGAUUCAGGGUCGCCCAGGUUCUGGCACGAGACAGAGAUAUUGGUGACAGGGUUAUUCACAGUGUCAUGGGUAACGCGCAAGAUUUUCUACGAAUAGACAGUGAAACAGGAGAAAUAUUCGUCUCUAAGAAUAAUAGUUUCGAUUAUCAGAGACAAAGCGAAAUAUUUGUUCAGGUGCUAGCAGAGGACACAUUGGGCGAACCGUACAACACAGCCACAUCGCAACUCGUUAUACAACUGAAAGAUAUAAAUAAUACGCCACCGAGCUUGAGACUGCCUCGAGGAAGCACGCGGGUGCAGGAGAACGUGCCAGCGGGUUUCAUUAUAAACGAUGAGCCUGAACAGUACAUCACAGCGACUGACCCUGACUCCAGCGCCAACCUCGUCUUCCAGAUCAUAUGGGAAACAUCCUACGCUAUGAAACGAGGCACGGAGACUGACAAGGAUGAGAUACGAGGGUGCUUGGAUAUAGUGACGUCAUACGUGGAUGGUAAUAAAGGCCAGGCGAUCGGUCGCCUGGUGGUGAAGGAAAUCAGGCCCAAUGUGACUAUAGACUAUGAGAUGUUCGAAGUAUUGUACUUGACAGUGAGAGUUGAGGAUACGGAGACGGAAAUUGGAGAACCUUACGACGAAUUAACUUUCACGAUCACGAUUCUGGACAUGAACGACAAUCCGCCCGUGUGGGUGAGUGGCACCCUGGAACAGACCCUGAGGGUGAGGGAGAAGUCUACAUCUGGCACCAUCAUAGGAACUGUUACAGCCACUGAUGCAGACGGCCCACAGUAUAACCAAGUUAGAUAUACUAUUGUUCCCAGAGAAGAUACGCCAGAAGACUUGGUGAAGAUCGACUUCGAGUCUGGUCAGUUGACGGUGGACACUUCUGGGGCCAUCGACGCUGAUGAGCCGAGGAGUGAGCUGUACUACACCAUCCUAGCCAGUGAUAAAUGCUCUCAACCAGAUAACACAACUUGUGGACCUGAUGACACUUACUUUAUUACGGAGGGCAAUGUAACGAUACAAAUUAUUGACACCAAUGAUCAAAUACCAAGGGCUAGAACUGAUAGAUUCAAUACCACGGUUUAUAUACAUGAAAACGCUGAGUCUGGGAAGGAAGUGGUUACUUUAGUAGCUGAAGACGGCGAUAGAGAUGAUAUAUACAAUACCAUACGUUAUCAAAUAAAUUACGGUGUGAAUGUUCGUCUUAAUGAUUUCUUCGCCAUCGAUCCCGAGUCUGGGCGAGUCUACGUACAGUACACCACACAUGAAGUUCUUGACAGAGACGGAGACGAACCAACACACAAGAUAUUCUUUACGUUGAUUGAUAACUUCAAUUUUGAAGGAGACGGAAAUCGCAAUCAAAAUACGACAGACGUUGAAGUGAUAUUGUUGGAUGUCAAUGAUAACGCACCGCAGCUGCCAGCGCCUAAUUUUAUUUGGUCUAUAUCAGAAAACGAGACAGAGGGUGUGAGAUUAAAACCCGACAUAUUUGCCUUCGACCGAGACGAACCUAAUACGGACAAUUCCCGAGUAGGUUACGAAAUAACCAACCUUACUCUCACGAACAGAGACAUCACUCCACCAGAUCUCUUUACCAUCAUCCACGUCUUUAUAUCUGGUAAUAAAUAUAAUGUUUCCGCUGAAUUGGAAACAGCGAGAAAUUUGAAAGGGUUUUGGGGAAAUUAUGAUAUAGGCAUCCGAGCCUACGAUCACGGCGACCCUCGAAUGGAAUCCAGCGAAAUUUACCAAAUAACUAUAACGCCAUACAAUUUCGAAUCACCAAAGUUUGAAUUUCCUUUAGACGCCACUACUCUAAGAUUUUCAAAGGAACGUGCGCUAGUGAAUAGUGUUUUAGUAUUGGCUACUGGAGAGCUACUGGAACGAAUCAGUGCCUCUGAUUCUGAUGGACUACAGGCUGGCGAAGUCACCUUCGAAGUGGUGGGAGAUGAGCUAGCGAGCCAGUACUUCCAGAUAUUAAACAACGGUGAUAAUAUGGGAACUCUUUUAUUGAAGCAAGCGCUACCAAUAGACCAACAGAUUAUACAAUUUGAGCUUAAAUUGAGAGCUACAGACGGAGGAUUGGAUCCGGGACCACUCUCAAGCGAGGUAACCAUCCAAGCGGUUUUCGUGCCAACUCAGGGAGAACCAAUAUUUCCAUCAGCCACAGCCAGCGUCGCUUUUGUUGAGAGGGAAGUCGGGCUGACAGAAAGACAACAAUUACCACUGGCCGAGGAUCCGAAGAACCACCUAUGUGAUAAAGACUGCAGGGAUAUUUACUAUGCUAUCAUCAGUGGUAACAGCGAUGGUUUCUUCGCCCUGGAUCCCGUAACUAAUGUGCUGACUCUGAACAAACCCCUCAAUCGUUCGGAGAGCGAAUCACAUGUAUUGCGAGUGGCCACCAGCAACGAAAGAAAUAUAUCACCAUCACUGGCUACAUCCGUGAUUAUUGUGACAGUUAAUGUUCGCGAAGCAAACCCUCGUCCUUACUUCGUAAGAUCACUGUACACUGCUGGGAUAUCUACACAGGAUUCUGUUAAUAAAGAACUUUUCACUGUAUCGGCGACGCAUUCAGAAGGAGCUCAACUCACAUACACAAUAGAUUUUUCCUCCAUGCAAGUCGAUCCAAGUCUCAAUAAUGUAAGGGACAACGCUUUCAACCUGAACCCAACCACUGGGUUAAUGACCCUCAACAUACAACCGACGGCCAGCAUGCAGGGAAUGUUUGAAUUCAACGUACUAGCGACUGAUCCACAGGAAGCGUUCGACACAUCGGCUGUAAAGAUCUAUGUUGUGUCAUCACGGAACAGAGUCUCAUUUUUAUUCCUCAACCCGCUUCAACAGAUCGAGCAAAUGACAGACUUUAUAGCGUCAACCUUCACUUCUGGUUUUAAUAUGACAUGCAAUAUCGACCAAGUGUUGCCGGCGACUGAUGAAGCAGGAUCUACAAGGAACAACGUCACUGAAGUACGCGCACACUUCAUAAAAGAUGACGUACCCGCUGAAGCUAGCGUCAUUGAAGCUCUCCGCGGUGACAUCUCUCGUCUGCGUUUGAUCCAAGGAACACUGAUCUCCAAAGAGCUGGUUCUCCAAGACCUGGUAACAGACAUCAGCCCCUCGGAGCUGGCGGACGGCCGAGCUCUGCUCUACACCUUAGCAGCUGUGGCUGGUGUGAUGACGAUUCUAUUACUGGUCACUACUGUAGUCUACUUCUGGAGAACUAGAGUUCUCAACCGUCGCCUACAAGCGCUAUCAAUGACCAAGUACGGUUCCCAGGAUUCUGGGCUGAACCGUUUGGGUCUAGCAGCACCGGGAACUAAUAAACACGCGAUAGAAGGAUCCAACCCGAUAUGGAAUGAAACUAUUAAGGCACCAGACUUUGAUGCCAUCAGUGAGACGUCAGAUGAUUCUGAUCUCAUUGGUAUCGAAAAUCUGGAGCAGUUCCAAGAUGAUUACUUCCCUCCGGUUGGGUCGGACUUGGUGGAGGGAGUUACAAACACAACGAUAAAUCAAAUUAUAAAUCCGUUUGUGAUCUCAGAUUCGAGCAGCUUCCUACCAAAGAAAGGUGCCUUAUGGUCGAGGUUGAAGCGUUUCAUGAAAAAACUCUCCCUAGUAUCAUUCGACCACCCCGACACCUUCGAACACUUCCGAAGCUACUCCACUGUGGUGGCUGAACAACAACGCCAGAUCCUGGAAGGCGGGAAUUAUAUUAUACAUCCAUUUAGCCAAAUUAGUUUAUUUUGGAACAGUACAAUAGCAAUAGUGGAUAUAUUGCACAUGAUUAUAUCAACCUUUCGUCUGUGUUAUAUCCUGGAGCCCCCCCAGCCAGCAUUGCAUUGGCUCGACGAGUUUCUUCUUGUACUCCACGGCAUUUGCUUCUUUGAUAUCUUCAUGAAGUUCAACAUUGGUUUUAAAGAAGAAUAUUUUGCUAACGUCGUGUUUGACAGACGAAGGAUUGCUGCCCAAUAUCUCGGUCGUUGGUUCUUGAUGGACCUCAUAUCGUGUCUUCCGAUCGCGUACGUCAUGCUUUACCUCAAAUUUGAUAAGAGUCGAUAUGUACUAUUCGCUCACCUAAUAGCCAUCUUGAGAGCAACAAGACUUCGGAAAGCUUUAAAUGACAUCGUGACUCUGACAAAAGUUUUAUCCGAAUACUACAUAAUGCGCCACACAGUUCAUCACUUUCUGUUGUUCCUUGUGACAAUGCAUUGGUCAUGUUGUGUUGUCUACAGCGCGCCCAUCUUUGCAUAUUAUUGGAAGGGUCAAAUGGCUAGAGGUUACAACGCCUUUUUUUUAAACUCCACGGACGGUGAUUUAGCUAAAUUACCUGAAUCGUACAGAUAUCACAAGGCUCUGUUUCUUAGUCUGUCUUCAUUUUUUGGUACAAGUAUGUCCAUGUACAAGUUUUACAACCCAGACGAGUAUAUAGUGCAUUCCUUCAUAACACUGUACGCCGCCAUGUUCAUGAUCUAUUCCACAGAUCAACUUCGCUACGAAGUAAUACUACACACGUAUCACAAAUUCGUGAAAAAGGUGAAGCUUCUUGACGGUAUGCCGGCCGAGGUGAUUGGAAUAUUACUGAGCCACCUCAAACCUGAGGUGUAUCUGGCUAACGAUCUGGUUGUUCGAGCUGGCGACUUUGGUGACUGUUUAUACUUUAUUGGUUAUGGCACAGUCGCUGUCUACUCUUUGAAAGGCGCUGAGAUAUGUCACAUGGAAGACGGUGAUCACUUCGGUGGAGUGGCUCUCCUCAUGAAAGACAAUAAACGUAUUGUCACUGUCGUCGCCAUAGAGAUAUCACAGUUAUAUCGACUGGACGCUGCACAUUUUCAUAAAUAUUUAAUGUCAAAUCCCACUCUGCGGGACCGUAUGGAGGCGUGGACGGCUCAACAGAUGCACGAGACUGUUCUACUAGACGAAGCGUUCCGUAAGCAACAGAAAAGAAAACAGGAACAACUGUCUUUCGGACUUCAGUCUCUCUCGGAAAUAUCGAAGGAGAGUAAUGAGAUCUAA